UUAGAGCAGUGGAGCUCUGCUCUGUUACGUGUGUUACAUAACGCCGGUGUUGUGUUGUGACGCGCGCGCUGAAUCCCCGCUACAUUAGCGACAGUAAGACCCAGUGGAAGCCCACCGGCCGCCCCCUCACGCUGGGAGCGAGAUGCGCUGCUGUGGGUGAUGAGCUCCGGGUAAGGUGUGGAGCCUCACAGCUCGCCUCAGAGACGCACAUUUAUAGGUAGUGCGUGCGCGUUUCCAGCAGACCCGCGCUCAGUAGUUCUGUGGAUCCCGUUCAGGGCAGUUUUCCGAGCCGGUGCGUGUUUUGUGUGUUUUGUGUGAACCGCACCUCAGGGAACGGAAAGGCAACUCCGCGCUCCGCAGCUUGGCACUGAAGUGAAGCGGGGAAAUCACACCGCAGGGGAAGAAGCAUCGCAGGAUCACUGCGUCUGAGAUGCUCAAAGUGAGUAUGAUCAGCUCCAGGCCAGGCGCAGCUCCGGAAUACUGGAUUGAUGGCUCCAAGAAAGAGACGCUGGAGGACUUCUACGAGCUGGAGUCGGAACUGGGACGGGGAGCCACGUCGGUGGUGUUUCGAUGUCGGCAGAAAGGCACCCAGAAACCCUAUGCUGUGAAGAAGCUGAAGAAAACAGUUGACAAGAAGAUUGUACGAACAGAGAUCGGAGUCCUGCUGCGCCUCUCUCAUCCAAAUAUAAUCAAGCUGAAGGAGAUCUUUGAAACGCCGUCAGAGAUCAGUCUUGUCCUAGAGCUUGUCACUGGAGGAGAAUUAUUUGACAGGGUGGUGGAAAAGGGCUACUACAGUGAGCGAGAUGCAGCAGACGCUAUCAAACAGGUGCUGGAGGCCGUCGCGUACCUGCAUGAAAACGGUGUCGUGCACCGCGACCUGAAACCUGAGAACCUCCUGUAUGCCACUUCAGCACCAGAUGCUCCUCUCAAAAUAGCUGAUUUCGGGCUAUCAAAAAUCGUGGACGACCAGGUGACAAUGAAGACGGUGUGCGGAACACCAGGAUAUUGUGCUCCAGAGAUCCUCCGAGGGUGUGCCUACGGGCCCGAAGUUGACAUGUGGUCUGUAGGAGUUAUCACAUACAUCUUACUGUGUGGUUUUGAGCCUUUUUUUGAUGACAGAGGGGAUCAGUACAUGUUCAAGCGCAUCCUGAACUGUGAAUAUGAGUUUGUCUCCCCCUGGUGGGACAAUGUGUCUCUUAACGCUAAGGACCUGGUGAAGAAGUUGAUCGUCAAGGACUCGAAGAAGCGGCUGACGACGCAGCAGGCCCUGCAGCACCCGUGGGUGACCGGGAAAGCCGCUAACUUCACCCACAUGGACACGGCUCAGAAAAAGCUCCAGGAGUUCAACGCCAGAAGAAAGCUCAAGGCUGCCGUUAAAGCCGUGGUGGCUUCAACGCGGCUGGGAAGUGCCAGCAGCCACAGCAACUCGGACGCAAGCAAGGCAAACUCUGAUCCCACUGAGCAGCAGGACGUGGAAGACGAGCAGCCUGAAAAAGAUGUCCGUGAACUAGAAGACUUGUAGAUUUGUUUGGAUUUGCAAGGGAACAAGUUGAUGAUUUGUCAUUGUAAGGUUGAAAGGAAGAAGUUUUUUUUCUCACAGGUUUGGUUAGACCUGGAACCAUGGGGUCCUGACAGGGUCAUGACAGGAUUGAGAGAUUUGGGUUUUGGUGACAUGCAUGUGAUUGACUUAGGCUACAAUAGCAGACUUUGCAAAAAAAGAAAAAAAAAUCAUGCCAUUUAAUACAAGGCAUCUUGAUAUGUGUAUCAUGUAUUUGAACGCUGUAUGUGAACCAAGUGCAGGUGAACGUUUUUCCAUUAACACAUAUUGGCUGAUCAUUAUGUUUGAGUUAUAUACUAUAUAGUCAUCUUAACCAUCAAAUUGAAGACUUUUGAUGACUAUAACAUAAGACGCAACACCGAGCUGCUUUAUUAAAAACAUAUUUUUAAAUGCAUACACUCAAUAAACAGUAUAAAUCAUUCAGUUUAAGCAAAAUCCUCGGGCUGUAGAUGUCACAUUACCAACCAGGGUCUUAUUCUUUACUCUCAAGAAAUAUCUCAUAUCAUAGGAAUAAGCUUAAACAGUGUUGCUUUACAUCCUAAUAGUUUUACCGAAUCGAAAGGGCUUAGAAUAAUGUUUGUGUUGUCGAAGAAGGAAAUUGACGGGCUUGUUUUCUACUUUUCUAAGAAUCAAUACCAAGUACAUGAUGCAUGGUUUAAAAAAUCAACAAAAAAAGAAAAGGAUUUAUGCACAAAUUAAUGCUCAUUAGCAGUGCCAAAAGCCUUCUGCACCCUCAGAAAGUCCCAAUGUCUGCUCCAAAAUUGUUGGCACCUAUAAAAAAAAAAAAAAAAAAAAAAGGUUAUGAAAAAUGUCUUUGCAGUUAAUUAGCUCAGUCUCACACUGAAAAUAUGAGAGAAAUCUCACCUUUAAUUGAAAUAAAUAUAAAACCCUAUUAAAACUAUAUAUAUGUUUUAAAAAGAAACUCACAUGUCACAAUUAUUGGCACCCUGCCCAUCGUGUAGCCUCCCUUUGUCAACAUAACAGCAUAACAUACUUAAUAGUUUGGGAUUCGGUUCUUUUCUGUGUAAUCUUCCUUCUUUUUACAUCAAACCCACCUUGAGUGUUGCCAAAAUCACUCAAAAUGCCUAAAAACCUAGUUCCAGAGAAAGCUCUGGUAAUGUCUAGUGAACUUCCAGGGCUUAUGUUUGUGGUUAGAUGAAAGACAAGGCUUUCUUCUGGCAUGCCUUCCAAAUAGUUUGUUGGCAUGUAAUUGUAGCUUUGGAGACCCAAACUGCUACCAUCUUGUGUAAAUCUCAGUCUGUGGUCUUUUGAGAAAUGUUUGGCUCUCUGAACGUCCUAGUCACUGUGCGUGAGAGUGAAAUACACUUUUACACUUUUAAGCUUCUUAAUUAUUGGGUAUUUCAGGCAUGUAGCUGAUUUUAGUACAUUUUUGUAUUUGCUAUAUUGAUGAACGACUGAAGGAAUUUGGCUUCAGUGUCAUCUCAUAUUCACACCCUAGUAAUACAUGGAUGACUGCUUAAGAGUUCCUAAACACUCAGGUGAACUUUAAAAAAAAUGUAAAAUAUAAAUGGAACAUGCUUCAGUUACAUUUUGUUCAUAAGAAUUUCCAAGGGUGCCAAUAAUUGUGAUGUGUUUUUUAUUUUUAAAUAUUAACUCUUUGAUAAAUAUUUUAAAUUUUUUAGCAUAAAUUGACUUUAUUUCAUACAGUAUUUUCAGUGUGAGAUUACACUAUUUAACUGCAGAAAUUUUUUCCCCAUAACCUUAAUCCCAUCUUUACCGAAGGUGCCAAUAGUUCUGGAUCUGACUGUAUAUUCAGGUUUAAGGCUUUAAGGUUAAAGGUUUUUGUUUUAUAUUUGAAAGCUAUUAGGUUAAAUUGCCAGUCACAGUUCUUCACAGUCUUGACUGAUCAGACUUUAGAAAAAGGAGUUUAAAGGUGUAUUGAUUGAAUGUUACUUACGUUAUAGCAUGCUUUUAUGUACAAAUAUCAGCAAAUGCUGUUUCGGACUUAUUUGCUAAAGACUUAUGGAAAGGAAUGUAGCAUGGGUGUACUCUAUAAAGGUUGCAUUGCAUGUAGGAAUGUUCUAAAGCUCCAAAUGUCUUCUUAAAGUGCACAUAUUUUACUAAUAUUAAUUACUAUGUGUUAUACAGUAUGAUAUUACAGGCUGUUUGAGGGCCACAUUGUACGAGACUCAGAGGUCAAAUUUGUAUAUCUGCCUGUUUCUAUCUUAAAAUUAAAAUUUUAAAACAAUGAAAA